AUGGAGACGCAUGUGUCCAGGAAUGAGACUGAUUCUGGGGAGCCCUUGAUUCCCACCGACUGCGGCACCGCGGCUCACAUAGAGAGCAGCGAAUGCUGCCCCGUCUUCUGGGGCGACGGCUCCCCGUGCGGAUCAGCCUCGGGGCGGGGCAGCUGCCAAGAUGUCACGGGCGAGACCCCCCCCGGGGCGCAGGAGGAGAGGGCGAGGGAGCAGAUCAAUACCAGGGACUUCCGGCUGUGGUGGCCCACCUACUUCUUCAGGCGGGCCUGGGUCCAUUACGUUUGCGCCAAGCCCAUCAGGACCUCGGCCGAGCCCUAUUUUGGGCACCGCAGUGCAGCCUUCCUGAUUUGGCAUAGGAUGUACCUCCUGCAUCUAGAGGGGGAAAUCCGAAACAUCACAGGAGACAACAGCUUCACCAUGCCCUUCUGGACCUGGCCAGGCAAGGGUGGCUGCGAUGUUUGCACCGACCAGCUCUUCGGCAGCUCCCAGGCCGGUGAGCAGCUCUCUGGGCAAUUCAGCAGUUGGCAG